AUGGGAUUAGCUCAAUCAAAGACUCAAGAGGAACCUAUCAUCUUUAUCAACCCAAACGUUCCUGUCCAGUUCACCCCAAGCUUUAUUCACUCUUUAGAAAAAAAAGUGGAACAAACAACCGAGAGAGCUGAAGCACGUCAAGUGGAAGCACUUGUACGCGAAAGAGUUGCUGAAGAACUUGUAAAAAUGAAACAAGCUGAAAAGGAGAUUAGUCAAAAGUUGCAGGUUGAGUCUGCCAGAAAUGAUAAUCAUCAAUUGUCGUCUCUUGAAACAAGCGACGAUAUCGAAAACAUGAUCAAGAACAUUCAAAGAACGACUACCAAGGAAAUACCUUUAGAAAUUAAAAAGCACCAAGAAAAAGUGAUUGCUUGCUACAACAACAACAAGGAUAGAUCUCUUGACUGCUGGAAGGAAGUAAUUGAUUUUAAGCAAGCUGUACUUGAUGAACAAAAGAAGUUUGUAUCAAAGGCCAGUUAG